AUGCGCGUCACUUUGCUUGCCCUCCUGCCUAUUGCGAUGGUCAUCGCUUCGUCUUCCAAAGUGAAGGCUCUCAACAUGGGCGAUCUCACUCAGGAAGACAUGGAGAUCUUGGACGCUCGCAAUCACUGGUUCGAGCGUGACCUCUACGCCGAGAGAAGAUCCGUCCCAUCCGGCCCCACCUCAACUUCCGUCUCCGUCGUCCCACGUCCCACGGGAACUUCCGCACCCGGCACUGGCUGCACCAAGUCUGCCGACUGUGGCACAGGCAACUGUGAAAGAGGUGUCUGUAAACCCGUCGUUUCAACGGGCGCUCAAUGCUACAAGAAUGCCAAUUGUGCCAGGUGAGUGUUGUCAUGUCGUGACUUGCCUUUUUGAUCGAUGCUGAGACCGACAGUAUCCUUUUCACAGCUUCAACUGCAACAACGGCAAGUGCGUUCCCGUCAAAGGUCAAGGUGUCAAGGGUGAGACGUGCAACGCCUCGGAUCAAUGCACCGCAGGAUCUUUCUGCGAGUACUCCAAGUGCAAUGCCAAGGUCGCGUCCGGUGGAGUCUGCUACAAAGACGCCGGCUGCACCUCUGGAAACUGCGUCAACAAGACCUGUAUUGAACCUGCUUCCGUCAGCCGUGGUGGCCGUUGCACCAAGACACUUCAGUGCAAGUCCAACUCUUACUGCGGCACCAACAACCGCUGUGCGGCUAAGGCCAACAAGGGUGGUGCUUGCUACAAGACCGAAGGCUGCGCGGCUGGCCUCACUUGCCGAAAGAAGAAGUGCCGCGCUUGA